CUCUCGAACACGCUCACUCCACUGUCGCCCACUCGUGGUCAGGCAUGAAAUCCGCCAUCCCGGCACAGUUGUCAGAGCGAAGUUGAAGCUUUGGAUGAUCUUCUCGAGCUGAGGCACGACCCAGCCAACGAAGUGCUGAAGAAGCCAAGACAUCCGCGAAGGCAAGUGCCAAUCAAUCUUCAGCAUGCGCAAGGACAGGCAGACGCCCUGGACACAACUGUACACCGUGGCUUCAGUUGGGGUUGAUGGCGAUGACCCCAGCUGCAAUGACGGCGACAGUCUUGAUGAAGAGGACGUCGACCCUUUGCCUCUUCUGGCUCAUGACUACAACCAGCAACCCGCUCCUUCGCGUCGGAAGAAGAGGACGGUGGAGGGAUUGUGUCGACAGCGAAAAAUCUGGUAUCGAUACUGUCGCAGGAUCGAACGCGAUCCUAAGGAGGCGCUCCUGUCGCUCGACAUGAAUUGCUACAAAGCAUACUUUGAGUGGUUGAUCCAACGUGGACGGAUAAAAGCCAUUUCAACGCUACAGACUUAUUGGAAACAAAUCAGCUCAUUAUACGCCGAGACAAGUCUGGGCUGGAUGGAGAUGGGCGUUCUGAACGAGAUGAGCAAUCAUCUGCGAUUCUUGCAGCAAAAGUACUCGCUGAGGGAGGCUCAAGAUGAUAAGUCGCCACUCUACGUUGACGAUCUGGAUAAUCUUCUCUUCUACCACUGGGUGCACGACACGAGGGCCUUUGUUCACGAGCGGCAACGGGUGACUGUGGCCAUGGCCUUCAUCAUCAUUGGCGUCAUGGCAUCACGGCCAAGUGCUGUCCUUGCACUGCGGUACGAGGAUCUGCAAAUCCAGCUCUUUCCCGCAGACGAUCCGCAAUGUCGGCCAGACAUCGUCAUGAAGCUCAAGUUGACAGACACCAAGUCGGGGAAACCCAUCCAUGCAGGAUUCCGUGAGGAGUUCAACCUGAUCCAUUGUGUUCAGACAGGCCUUCUCGCUCUGGCGAUUGCGGAUAAGGCCUUCCUCGAUGACAUCACUUGUCUGGAAGACAUCUACAAACUUCGAGUCCCCCCAACUAUGGAUCGGUUAAAGCUCCAGUGGAAAGCAGAAUGGUCCGACAAAUUCAUCUUCAGACAAGGAUCCUCUCACAGCGACCAUGUCACAUACCAGCAGUGUCUCCAGGCAAUCCAAGUGCUUGGUCGUGCGUGUGGAUACGAAGAAAAGCUGAGGUUCUAUCAGAUUCGUCGCGGAUCGGGCAAGAAGCUGACAGAAGAGCUUACGAUGGAAGAGAGGAAUCAAAUCAUGGAUCAUAUUGGAGGUACAUCGGCAGUUUACCGCCGAUUCUACAUGACCGGCUUCAUCGACAAGGAUAUACAGGCCAUCACCUUCGGCAGUCCUCCGAGGGCAAGGCUUUUGCACAAGACCGGUCGCAUUGCUCGAGAUACCGAAGCACCUACGACACUUACUACGGAGCAAUCGAGCACCGUGAAUGUCCAUCCUGACAUUGUCCAGUACAAAAAGGCUCGGUCAGAGGUCAGAGAUCAAAUUCGAAAGUUAUUCGGGACCGUCGUGGAAGCUAGAGGCUCCGACAUCCCCGAAUUGGUCGCUUUAGUCAAAUCAUACGACAAACUCAACAACCAGAUCACCAGUCGCAAGCAAGGGCUGAGGCGAGAGCUACUUAACACUACGAUCACCACGCAUCACGAGACAGCUAGCAGUAGAGCGAUCACGGACCAGAUGAACGGCAAGCCAUCUAUGGACCAGCUUGUCAAGUCUCGAGCCGCUUUCGAAUACGCCGCUCGAUCACAGAUCGCCAGCCUCUUCUCCCAUGAGGAUGGUAGGAUUAAAUCUCAGGGCCUCGAUGAAAAACGCGCUCAGCUAGUCAACGCAAUGGCCGAGCUGUGCAUGGUUGCAGAAUCGCCACCCAAGUACAGAACACGUCUGUCAAGAACGUCACCUCAAGGAGAUCAUGGCCUGAGGGUGGUGCAGGAUUUCUCCCACUGUGGGAGAAUGGUGCUGCGUCCACAGCCGAAGAAGCUCAUCUGCCCGUUCUGUCAAGGGGAUUCCCGCUGUGCGCCCUUGAAAAAAUCCAAGGCAUACACGCGGAUUGAUACAUUUGGGAAGCAUAUUUUCUGCCAACAUUUCGAAGCUGAUGGACAUCUUCGCGGCACCAGAGAAGGGAGUUCUUUUAGGUGUCCCUUCACGCCCUGUACUACUCCUUUGUUCCAUGCUCGCCAUUUUGCUCACCAUGCAGAGGCGGUUCAUGAGAUGCCUCCUUUCCAAGUGUCCACAUUGCCGGGCCAGGCGAAUAACUGGCAUGGUGUUGUGAGUCAUACUAUGUAGUUUAUCAAACCGUGCCGUGAGGCUGUUGGACUGAAA